CAGGGGAAAGGUGAUAAUGACUUCCUAUCAAGAGUUAACGGCCGAAGGGGAGAAUAGCCCUCUGUUAACGGGCUGCUGCCGAGCAAAAGAGGUUAUAAACCAGGACCUGGGCAGCAGGUCUCAUCCUGAACUCGGUGGUCGUGAUGAGGAGGGGAAAGUGGAGGUAGAAGUUGCCUCGGGAUUUUAUUCUCCGCGUCUGACUUUGUGCACCUCUUCGGACAGCCCUCCUCCUCCAGGGUUUGAGGCUCUGGAGGGAUUCUCGACACUGGCCUGCCCCCACUCGUCCCGUGUCCCCUGGCGGUGCAGGGUGCAGGGGCAGGGCUCUCCAGGACGUGGAUACUGCGCGUCAAAUAAAGAGAAGCCACAGCGCUUUGGGUCACUUACGGAGGAAAUUCAAAUUUACCCUCACAAUAUCCCCGAGAUUCACGUCGCCGUGGGAAGCUCCACGAGCCCGGACUGUAAAGGAGCUGAUACGGAUGAAAGGAGUAAAACUUUUGAGUGGAUGAGAGUAAAGAGGAGUCAGCACCGGGCGGUCAGGACGCGCAUGACCUGUGGGUUCAGUAUUGUUGACUCGGGCCUCGGUGUGGUGGAGGCUGGAAAUCGCAGCAUCUGCGCGGACGGCCAUCCCACGAUGAACGGAGCCCCGAGGAUCAGUUACAGCACCAAGCAGCUGACCGAGCUGGAGAAGGAGUUUCACUUCAACAAGUACCUGACGCGGGCCAGGCGGGUGGAGGUCGCCGGCGCCCUGCAGCUUAGCGAGACCCAGGUGAAAGUUUGGUUUCAGAACAGACGCAUGAAGGAGAAGAAAUUACAGAGAGACGGGCUACUCUCCGACCCAAGGCCCGCGGCUCCGCACUCACACGCCGACACUUUGGACACCUGCCCCUUCCACGGACCGACCUAGCCAAAAAAAAAAAAAAAAAAAAAUCAAAACAAACAAACAAACACCUGCCCCUGAACUCCUGAACUGCAUCGUGCGUUACACGGCAAGUCUGCAAAUGUUUUGAUUGGCGUUUGCAUCGUUUUCAAUCAGGCUUCACCUUUAUUUGCUUACAACGAUGGAUGCUUAACGCAAGAAGCGCAAAGGCAAGUUUCUUCAUGCAAGAACGGGCCCAGACGAUUUGUCAUUCUCUCCGGCUUCAGACUGGUGCUCUGAUUUGAAUAUUAAAAUUCAACUCAUCCCAUUGCGCUCCUAUCUACACAAUGUAAACGAAGAUACAAACUCAUAUUA